AAUCGGAUUCCGAUAAACAAACAAACCAAAGGAAGGAGGCCCAGCUACAAAUUGGGCCGGCGCAUGCUGCAGGCAUCAUAUCGGUCACUCCAUUUCUAGCAGGAGACCAGGAGUGAGGGACCAAUGGCGAACCGCGCGCACUUGGUCAUCCUCGUCCUCGCCUACCGCCUCCUGGUAUCCCUCUCAGCUGAAGCACAGCACACCAAAGAGUCGUAUGUCGUCUACAUGGGGAGUCCUUCCGUUUCCGGGGGAGGCGGCGAGGUGGAGGCGGUGCGUGCCGCCCACCUUGAGAUGCUGUCGUCCGUCGUCGUGCGGAGCGACGAGCAGGAGCCACGGCCGUCCACGGUGUCGCUGACGCAUAGCUACCACCACGCGUUCGAGGGCUUCGCCGCCGAGCUCACCGAGGAGGAGGCCGCCGCGCUGUCCGAGCACGAGGGGGUGGUGUCUGUGUUCCGGGACCGCGCUCUGCAGCUGCACACCACCCGGUCGUGGGACUUCCUCGACACGCAGUCCGGGCUCCGCACCGAUCGCCUCGGCCGCCGGGCCUCCGGCGAUGUCAUCAUCGGCGUCAUCGAUACCGGUGUCUGGCCGGAGUCGCAGAGCUUCAACGACGCCGGGAUGAGGGACGUGCCGGCGAGGUGGCGAGGCCUGUGCAUGGAAGGCCCGGACUUCAAGAAGAGCAACUGCAACAAGAAGCUCAUCGGGGCUCGGUACUACGGCAUCCAACCCGGCUCGGCAGCGCCCACGUCGUCUAACGCCUCGCUUGGCGCGGUAACGGCCGCGAUGACCGGCUCGCCGCGAGACACCGUUGGUCACGGCACGCACUGCGCAUCGACGGCCGCGGGCGCGGUCGUGGCGGACGCGGACUACUACGGCCUGGCCCGCGGCGCUGCCAAGGGCGGCGCGCCCGCGAGCCGCGUGGCCACGUACAAGGUGUGCAGCAUGGGCGGGUGCUCCAGCUCGGCAUUGCUCAAGGCCAUCGACGACGCGGUGAGCGACGGCGUGGACGUGAUCUCCAUCUCCAUCGGCAUGAGCUCCGCCUUCGCGUCCGACUUCCUCAGCGACCCCAUCGCGCUCGGCGCGUUCCACGCGCACCAGAGGGGCGUCCUGGUGGUCUGCUCCGGCGGCAACGACGGUCCCAAUCCCUACACGGUCGUCAACUCCGCGCCGUGGAUCCUCACCGUCGCCGCUUCCAGCAUCGACCGCACCUUCCAGUCCAGCAUCGUCCUCGGCAACGGCAACGUUGUCAAGGGCGUCGCCAUCAACUUCUCCAACCAAAGCCUCAGCGGAGACCGCUUUCCUCUUGUGUUCGGAGCACAAGCGGCAGGCCGAUACACACCGGUGUCCGAGGCAAGCAACUGUUAUCCGGGAUCGCUGGACGUGCAGAAGGUAUCCGGGAAGAUUGUGGUGUGCGUGGGCACGAACUCGAUGGUGUCGCGGCGGGUGAAGAAGCUUGUGGCGGAGGGGUCGGCGGCGAGUGGGCUUGUGUUGAUCGACGACACGGAGAAGGACGUGCCGUUCGACGCCGGCAGCUUCGCCUUCUCCCAGGUGGGCGCCGACUUGGGCGCGCAGAUCCUCGACUACAUCAACUCCACCAAGAAUCCGACAGCCGUGAUCCUCCCGACCGAGGACGUUAAGCUGUUCAAGCCCGCGCCCAUGGUGGCGUCCUUCUCAGCGCGCGGCCCUGGUGGUCUCACCGAAUCCAUCCUCAAGCCUGAUCUAAUGGCGCCCGGGGUCAGCAUCCUGGCCGCCGCGAUGCCGUCCACAGACAAGGCGGACGUCCCCGCCGGCAAGAAGCCCUCGGCAUUCGCCAUCAAGUCCGGCACUUCCAUGGCCUGUCCGCACGUCGCCGGCGCCGGCGCCUUCGUCAAGUCCGCCCACCCGGGCUGGUCUCCCUCCAUGAUCAGAUCAGCUCUCAUGACCACAGCGACGACGAGAAACAACCUCGGGCAGCCGGUUGCGAGCAACACCGGCGCGGUGGCGACCGGGCACGACAUGGGCGCCGGCGAGAUGAGCCCGCUGCGGGCGCUCAGCCCGGGCCUGGUGUUCGACACCACCGCCAAGGACUACCUCAACUUCCUCUGCUACUACGGCUACAAGGACAAGCUCGUUCGCAUGGUCUCCGGCGACGCCGGGUUCGCCUGCCCGCGUGGCGCGCCCUCGCCAGAUCUCAUCGCCACGGCCAUCAACUACCCGUCCAUCUCCGUGCCGAGGCUCGCAGUUGGGAAGGCGGUCACCGUGUCGCGCACCGCCAUGAACGUCGGCCCCUCGAACGCCACGUACACGGCGACCGUUGAGGCGCCGGCGGGCCUGUCUUUGAAGGUGCUGCCCGAGCGGCUGGUGUUCUCGAGGCGCUGGACGACAGCGGCGUACGAGGUGAGUUUUGCGAGCGCCGGGGCCAGCAAGGGGUACGCUUACGGCGCCGUCACCUGGUCAGAUGGCGCGCACUCGGUCCGGACGCCUUUCGCGGUUAAUGUCGUGUAAUUGUGUUUUUUGUUUUUUGCCGGGAUAUUAGGCCUUCCGUAAUGCAUUGUCUCUUAGCGCGGUAUCCUAGGUAGUAUACGAUCGUUAGAUACAACCAUCCUAAUGUAUUGUAUGUUAAGUGUCGUAUCUUAGUAAGCAUGUAUUUAAUGAUUUUGGCCUCAUACUAAUAUGUGAUUGGUCUAACAAGUUGUUUUGCCUA